CUCAAUUGCUGACGCUUCCCGCGUCGUGGCAAAGAAACAACAUGCGCUCGAAGAACUGCAUCAAUCCGAGAUUGAAUAUGUGCAUGCACUCACCACGUUCCAAGAAGUCUUUGCCACUCGCAUCCAAAUAUGGUUCGAUCAGAAUCGACGUAGUAGCAAGACGAGUGGCGCUCACCUACAAGACAUUGAGGAAUUAUUCAGAGUAUGGGGCGAUUUAUUGAAAAUCCAUCACCCUUUCUGCCAGGCACUGAAGGACAGGUAAAAAACAGAAGAAAGAGGGAGAGUGAAACAGAAAUAUUUGUUUGCUCAUCUUGGCUUCUAUUAUGAAUUCCAGAAAGCAAAUGUGGGGACCCACUCAAUUGAUUUCAGAUGUCCUUCUUGAUCUCUACAACAACAUGUUUCCGCAAUAUGAGCAAUUUAUGAAGCGAAUAGGAAAAGCCAUUGUCGCGCUCGAUCAAUUGUAUAAAGCUUCCUCGUUUACCAAACUUGUCAACGUGACUAUUGCCGAUCAUGACAUAAACUAUUUUCUACGAUUGCCACUUGAACGCAUAAACGUCUAUCUCUUCACAAUUGAGCGACUCGUAGAGAGCACGAUGCCCGGCCAUCCUGACUAUCGAGGCCUGAAACAGGCUGCCGGCGUGUUUCGCUUCGAGCAAUACCAGGGUCGACUAGCAGACUGCAAAAAGCACGUGUCGGUGAUAGACGUCCAACGCGCCAUGCCCAACUGCCCUGCAACAGUAACGCUAACACGACGUGUCCUUGUCCGUGCACCACUGGUUAAAGUCAAUCUCGAAGAUCCUACAGACACAUCCGACGUCCGCACCUACAUUCUCUACAACGACAUGCUCCUUUUUUGCAAACAAUCCAAUCGUAAACUUCAGCUCAAGGGUAAACUGGAGUUACGGGGCGCUCUAGUUAGACCCAUCCUGCCGCAGCUGGCUGCGGAAAUAUUGGAUCCCAAGUCUGGGCGAAAAACAACGAAUAUUCUCACUACGUUUCGCAACAAUAAAAAAGACGUGCAGCAAAAGCCAUCCGUGCCGAUUGCCGUAUAUGGGUUCGAGGUACUAGUCAUGGAAGGCAAUGCCGAUUACAUCACCGCCUUCCACCAAAACUACGGCAGUUCUGGACCUGCCAUUAGGAGGCGACAUGUUGUGCGAGCACAGUCUGCGGAACAGCAGGAAGCCUGGAUGCAAAAGCUGGAUCUUGCUAUCCAAUUAGUCAAUACACCAACACGGGUUAUUGUCCAUUAAUUCAUGUGCUACUACUUUUAUAGUAUGUCUAUCAUUUCACCCACCCUUUCCAAUUCCCUUAUAACAACAACAAAAUCAAUUAAUACCCACCUGACUUGAUCUAAAGCACCUUUACCGUAAAGCAG